AUGCGGGCGUUGUCGAGCAUCACCCUCUGGGUGUCGUCUCUCAUGGCAAUGGCGAACGAGAGUCUCGCCCACGGCCUCCCAGGCUCAACAUAUACCAAUCCUGUGUUCGGCGGCUGGCACUCCGACCCAUCCUGCGUCCAUGUCGCCGAAAAGGAUACCACGUACUGCGUGGUCUCGACAUUCAUCGCCUUCCCCGGCUUGCCGAUAUACGCAUCUAAAGACCUCCGAGACUGGAAGCACGUCAGCAAUGCGUUCAACCGGCGCAGCCAGGUCCCUACCCUGGCGCAGUUCUACCUGAUUGUCUCCUUCCUGGACCCCGGGGCCAAGGGGCUGGUCUUCACCACCACCGACCCGACCGACAACGCCGCCUGGAGCGAUCCCGUGGAGUUCGCCGUCCACGGGAUCGACCCAGACCUUUUCUGGGACGACGACGGCGCCGCCUACGUCUCCUCCUCCGAGAACCAGGCUAUCUGGCACUAUUCCCUCGACCUAGAAACCGGCGCCACAGGGCCCGCCACCGGGCUGUGGAAUGGCACCGGCGGUGUCUGGCCCGAGGGCCCGCAUAUGUACCGUAAGGACGGUUACUACUACCUCAUGAUCGCCGAGGGCGGCACCGAGUUGGACCAUGCCGAGACCAUGGCCCGGUCCCGGAACCGCACCGGCCCCUGGGAGCCCUGCCCGCACAACCCCGUCCUCACCAACCGCAACACCACCCGGUACUUCCAGACGGUCGGCCACGCAGACCUCUUCCAGGAUGGUGCCGGGAACUGGUGGGCCGUGGCUCUGAGCACGCGCUCCGGCCCGGCUUGGAAGAACUACCCCAUGGGCCGCGAGACCGUGAUGGUGCCCGCUGUCUGGGAGAAGGGAGAGUGGCCCGUUGUGCAGCCUGUGCGCGGGCGCAUGCGCGGGCCUCUUCCGGCGCCAGCGUCGAAACCAGGUGACAGCUUGGCCGGCGUCGGGAUCGGUCAGUUCGUGGGUGCGCCGGACCGAGUGGACUUUGCGCCGGGAGAGGCCAUGCCGGCGCAUUUCAUGUACUGGCGAUUCCCCAAGGGAGAUAAUUACGCCAUUUCGCCGCGCGGCCAUCCGCACACGCUGCGGCUGACUCCCUCCGCCAGUAAUCUCACCGGCACUGCCGACUUCCAGCCCGACGACGGCAUCACGUUCGUCGGACGUAGACAAAGUGAUACCCUCUUCACGUAUGGGGUGGAUGUCUCCUUCGAUCCGAAGGUUCCGGGUGAGGAAGCUGGUGUCACGCUGUUCCUCACGCAGUAUCAGCACGUGGAUCUGGGGAUUGUCCUUUUGCAGGAGGGCGACAGCGGGGAGUUGUCGCUCUCUUUCCGGUUCCGCGUGGAAGGCCGCGGGAACUUUGAGGGUACCGUUGUGCCGGCCGUUAUGACAGUUCCUAAGGCGUGGCGGGGAAAGCCGGUUCGACUGGAAAUCCAGGCUGUCAGUGACACGGAGUAUGUGUUUUCAGCCGCGUUGGCGCACAAGCCGCAGCAGAAGAAGGUCAUCGCACGAGCGAGCUCGUUGUUGGUCAGUGGCAAUACAGGUAAAUUUACGGGCACACUGGUUGGGGUGUAUGCCACCAGCAAUGGUGGACCUGGGUCGACGGAGGCGUAUAUCAGUAGAUGGAGAUACGAUGGACAAGGUCAGAUGAUUGAUGAAGGGGUUAUUGUGCCGAGCUAG